AUGGCGUUCAGCUUCGGCUUCUCGGGGGAUGACAUUGACAUGGAUGAUUCUGAGAUUAACAAUGGCGUACCAGAUGUGUUGCCUCCUAAGGACGCUACGAAUUCGCUUCCCGAGCUGGUGAAGCCCAGCAACCAUGAUAUCAAUGACUGGCUCUCAAUCCUCCCAUCACAAAUAUUCUACAACCGGCUCGCAAUCAGCGGUACACCCGUAGUCAUUGCACGUCGAGAAAUCUUCGACAUCCGCACUCAAUUGAUGGCCGAAGAUAGCGAGAACUACGACAAUGCCGAGCUCAUCGCCGGCCUUGAAGAAGGCGAUCUCAAGCCUAAUUUCUACGAGGGUGGCUUCAAGACGUGGGAGUGUGCUCUUGAUCUUGCCAAACUGGCUGCUGGGGAUAGCGAGAUCGUUGGCUCAUUGAGUGACUCUCAGAGUGAUGUUCAUAUUAUCGAGAUGGGUGCGGGUACUGCUGUGCCAUCGAUGACUUUAUUCGCUCAAAUCCUCGGCCAGACGGAGCUGGUGGAUGACGCGCCACGGUGCAAAGCACACUUUACUUUUGCGGAUUACAACGAUGCUGUGCUUCGUCUCGUUACGCUUCCCAAUCUGCUUCUGACAUGGCACAACAGCCGACCACAAACUGUCGUUGAACCUGCCGUUAGCGAAGAAGGUCCUCGCCGUGAGCAGGAUGAAGAGCUCGACAUUACGCCCGAGCUAGUGGAUGAGUUCAAGAACGACCUAGCCCGGCGUGGUAUCUCGAUUGAUUUCAUCUCUGGUGGCUGGUCUCCCGAAUUCGUGGAUCUGGUCUUUUCUCGUUCUAGCAGCGGCGAUUGCAAGACUCUCGUACUUGCAAGUGAGACUAUCUACUCACCAGCUACACUGGCCGCGUUCUCCGAGACCCUCUUGGCAUUGCUGCGCCGCUCUAGCACACCUGCAGCGAAGACUCGUGCCUUGGUCGCGGCGAAGAAGGUGUACUUUGGAGUUGGAGGUGGAGUUGACGAGUUCCUCGCCGUGCUCAAGACUGUCUGCGGAGAUGAAUUGCAAGUCCAGGAGAAGUUGGACGUGCAGUCAGAAGGAGUUGGCCGGGUAGUAUUGGAGAUCACGCCCUCUGCCAACGCCGUAUGA